CCACCUUGCUGGCGCCAGGCGGGACUCGCUGACCGUUUCCCACGAGUUUAUCGCUGCCUUGGAGCCCGACGAUCCUCUUACGAAACAGCAUGAGGCAUCCUGAAGCUUCGGAUGCUUUUUCUCGCUGACUGCUACUUCUGCUGCCGGCCAUGCUUUCCCUAGGAUUCCCUGGGAUGCUUUCUCCCAGCUGUCAGUGGUUGUAGUUCAUGGUUAGCGAUUAAACAACGGACCGAUAGCAAGUGGCAUAUUAUCGUUUCCUCCACAGCAUCUGCUUUUCCGGGGGAAGUUUCUUUCUGGCAUGGCCGCCGAGUGCCGCCGGCCAUGUAAUUCAGUGGCCAGGCCCUGUCUGAGGACUCCUAGAUGGCGAAAUACUAACGGGGUGGUGAUAGCAAGGUGGUAGUAGCAACAGAAUUUGAUCCUGGUUCGAUUGUUCCUUCAAUAUAGCCUCAAAGGUCAUGCAGCUCUCGAGACGAGCUGUUUUCAGGCCCUUUGUUCCUCCCUUGUCGACGUGACUGCUUUAUUUGUGAUUCGGUUCCUCUCUUUUGUUCGUCCAGCAUCAGCAACAUGUCAUCUGCCGAAGACCCCGUCAUCGAUCUGUUCCAGGGUUGGCCAUCCGCCAGGCUGCUUCCUAUAUCACUCCUCGAGGCGGCAUCCCAAACACUGCUUGCAAAUCCAUCUUUGUAUACACCAUCACUACUUUACGGCCCAGACCCAGGACCGGAUUGUCUCUUAGACACAUUGUCUACGUUCCUGUCCAAGUUUUAUCAGACGCCAUGGACAUCUCCCUCCCGGUUGACCAUCACUGGAGGUGCAAGUCAAGCAUUGGCCUGCAUCCUCCAGGUGUAUACUGAUCCGUCCUACACCAAAAAUGUGUACAUGGUUGCCCCGACGUAUUUCCUGGCUUGUCGAAUCUUCGAAGACAACGGCUUCGCCGGUAGACUCAAAGCCGUUCCUGAGGACCAGGAAGGCAUCGAUCUGGAGCGGCUGGAGGAGUUACUGUCCCGCGACGACAUUGAAAAUGGAUGGCUGGACGUGCGCCCCACAAAACGCCCACUGCCAUGUCAGAAGCAUUUUAAGAACAUCAUAUACUGUGUUCCGACUUUUUCCAAUCCUUCGGGGAAGACUAUGUCUCUGCGCCGUCGAGAGCAACUUGUGCGCUUGGCGCGCAAGUAUGAUGCACUGGUCAUAGCCGACGACGUCUAUGACCUGCUGCACUGGGGGCCGUCCCGGCUGGGCAAGGCUGCCGUGCCUCGACUCGUGGAUGUCGAUCAGACCCUCGAUGGGGGUGUGAUUUCCAAGUUUGGCAAUGUCGUGAGCAACGGUUCCUUUUCCAAGGUCCUCGGCCCCGGCCUGCGGACAGGAUGGACCGAAUCCACCGAACUGUUCGCGCUGGGGUUGUCAAAGUGCGGUUCAACGCGUAGCGGAGGGUCGGCAAGCCAGUUUACUGCCUCGAUGAUUGCUGAAGCCAUCCGCUCCGGAGCAGUUCAAGACUUUCUUGAAAAGGUCCUGAUCCCUGCUUAUAGCCACCGUGCGGCAAUCGCCUUAGAUGCUGUGCAAAAAUACCUUCUGCCCCAGGGCGCCGUCCUCGUCUCUUUUGGGGACAAGUCGGAGUCGGUAGUCCCUCGCCAGCCAUGCCCAGCCGUGCAGGGUGGGUAUUACAUCUAUCUCCAUCUGCCUGAUAGACUUGACGGCAGUGAAUUUGCCGAGUUCGCCGAACGAGAGGAGAAGGUGGUUGUGGGGGCAGGUCGAAAUUUUGAGGUCGUGGGAGAUGAGGCCAGUGUACCGAUCAAGCAUGGCGUUCGCCUUUGCUUCGCGUGGGAGGACGAGCAUAGAAUCGUCGAAGGCAUCCGGAGGGUUGGCAAGGCGCUGGAAAAAGCCAUGGUAAGCGCUGCACCCUGAGAUUGGUUAGGCUAUCUCCUGUGAUAUUGUGAGGAAACAGAGGUCACACAACCUGGAGCUGUCGCCGCCCUCGGCAUGGGAAUCCACAACAGAUUCGUGCCAUCAAGCAAGACUCCAUUUUCCUUCACACAGCAAGUAUCCGUUUCCCACUGCGGCGGAGUACUGGCAUCCAAGCAGGGACCUCGGUUGAGCCAUCCUCAUCCUUCAACCUCCAGGCCUCUUGCACAAUUUUCCACAAGUGUGCUAUAUUCCCGAUCCGAUACUUUAUCAUGCCCUCCCACCAGCGGUACCAGACCUCGCGUGGGCGGCCUCGGCCAGCUUCACAGGAUGCAAUAAAUCCCGGCCAGGUGAUAGUGGCCGCGGUGUUGUAGUCAAAUCCCACUGCGGUUUUGAUUUCCUCGAUGAUGGUCAAAUGGUUCGCGACGCAAUCAACAUAACGUUGCAUCUCGGCCGGGCUGCACGGGAGGAUGCGAGUGUGAUAAUACACCCUGAGGCCGUGGGCGAAAGCAAGGGUAUGAUUCUUGGCCAGGAGCAGGGCGAUGUUCAUGUCAGCAUCUGUGCCGGUAAGCAUGCUGGAGAGCGGCUCCGACUCGAUCGACCAUUGCGACAGCGUCUCCGAGAAGCUCAUGCACGCCGAAAUGAGGCGUGGGGGCAGGUCUAGUGAGUUUGAGAUAUAGUAGGAAAUGUGCUGAGCGAGAACGACCACCCGCCGCAUCAAGUUUGCCAAAGUUGGUGUAAUCCCAUAUGCGAAUUCGAGUCCAUCUGUCACAACGGAAUCUGAAUAGCUCAAAUCCGACAUGGUGAGGUUGUCAUCGGACCAAGGGAUUGGCGGGAGAUCGACGGAAGUCGAAUUGGCAAGAGUUGAGAGAAACGAUGAAAUUGCAAUCAAACGAUCGAUCCCUGAAGACUCUCCUACCUCGCUGCGCAACUGCCGAGCAUAUCGGUUGACUCCAUCGAGGUGAAUCCAAUAUUCACUCAUGGAACCUUCCACGACCUGGCAGCCGGAUAAUGUCAGCAAAUAGAUGAUUGUACAUUAUCGAAGCCUAACUUACAUCCGUAGUUAUCAAGGUCAGCAUUGCUGAGAUGAUUGCUUCCCCCGCUGUCGAAGAAUUUGAUGAAGUGCUGCUUAGGCCAAGACCUUGGUCUUCACCAGCUGUGAGAGGCUCCUGCAGCGCUUUCUGGAGAUAGGCGAAUGCUUUUGCACGGAAUCGGCGAGCAGUGAGGUCUAGUUCGGAGGCCCCGUCCAGAUCAGAUCCCCGCAAGUGAAAAGCUGAAGUUGCCAGAAGAGCGUAGAAGAUGGCGACAUUACUUGAGGGUACCUCUGAUGCAGAGUAUCCUACGCCCAACAAAUGGUUCGAUGCGCCGUACAUGGCCUUGGGGACGUAGAUCGAGGCAUAUGGGUUUUGUGGGUGUGGCAACGGCGGAAGGAGAUUGGCAACCGUGCAAACAUAGUUAUCCAUAAGACGAUGGAUCAAAGGAUCACCAAAUAGACUUGAAGUUAGUCCGUACCCGAGCGAUGAAGCUUCCC